UAGGCUUAUCCUUUUCCUAUAUUACACGUGUAGGGAACAGUCCCAAGACCUCGCGUGUCCCUCAAAAAGCAUGCCUCCGAAGGGUAAGAAACCCCCCGCAGCCGCCGCAAAGGCCGACAAACCCGAGAAGGAGAAGAAGCCCGCCGCCGCUGCCGCUCCUGAGAAGAAGGAGGCCGCCCCAGCCGCGCCGAAAGCCGCCGAAAAGAAGCAAGCUGCCAAGAAGGGCAAGGAUGCCGGCGGUCAGGCAAAGGCCCGCGCCAAGGCGAUGGCCGCCCGACGAAAGGUAGUCAAGGGAACCCACGGGACCCGGACAAAAAAGAUCCGCACGUCCGUCAAGUUCCGUCGCCCCAAGACUCUGUCGCUGCCCCGCAAGCCCAAGUACCCGCAGAGGAGCGUGCCCAGGCGGACCCGUCUCGAUCAGUUCUCCAUCAUCAAGCACCCGCUGACGACGGAGUCUGCGAUGAAGAAGAUCGAGGAUAACAACACGCUGGUGUUCAUCGUCCACCUGCGGGCCAACAAGCACCAGAUCAAGGCGGCCGUGAAGAAGCUGUACGACAUCGAUGUGGCCAAAGUCAACACGCUCAUCCGGCCCGAUGGACAAAAGAAGGCCUACGUGAGGCUGGCUCCCGACUACGACGCGCUCGACGUGGCCAACAAGAUCGGCAUCAUAUAGAGCGUCCCUCCCUGGAAUAAAGCGGUUUGUGAGA